GCUGUUUUGGGUGGCGGGAAGGGAAGGCGUUUCAGCUUAGGGAAGGCCUGCGCCUCGGCCGGCUGUGUUUCCAGCCCUGAUGGAAGCUGUGGUGCGCGGCGGUGCGCCCUCGUUGUGGCACAGUAGAGCGCGUAGUCUUGUGGUAGUAGUCGUGUGUUAGCUAACUGCUGUUCUGGUUUCACAAGGAUUGGUAGUGGCGUGCUACGUACAAAAGGCAGUAUUUUUAAGGGCUUCCGAGCGAAACAGAUAAGCCCAAAAGUGGAGGUGUACGUAUACCCAGGAAAAGGGACCUGGCAGGGAAUUAAAAAGGUCCUUUCACGCUUGGAGGAGGAGGUCUGCUUUGUUAUUAAUUCAGAUCAUUUAAUCCAUUCACAGUAAUUUAAUCAGCUAAUAUUUUUAAUAAAAAGGAAAAAAUGAUGUCAAGACAGGCCUUUCUCUGCAGUUUGGGAUCUCUGUAUUUGUCCCUUCUGUUUAUAUUUCUUCUAAUGGAUGUUUAUGCAAGGCCUGCAAAUAAUUCGGCUCUCAAAGAAAAGCCAGCUGAUAGUAAAGAUGAGAAUGAGAUCUUGCCCCCAGAUCACUUGAAUGGGGUCAAAAUGGAGAUGGAUGGACAUCUUAACAAAGAAUUUCAUCAAGAAGUUUUUCUAGGAAAAGAGAUGGAAGAGUUUGAGGAAGAUUCAGAACCCAGAAAAAACAGGAAGAAGCUCAUGGUCAUCUUUUCAAAGGUGGAUAUAAAUAAUGAUAAAAAGAUAGGUGCGAAAGAGAUGCAGCGCUGGAUCAUGGAAAAGACAGAUGAACAUUUCCAGGAAGCUGUGGAAGAGAAUAAAAUGCACUUCCGAGCUGUGGACCCUGAUGGCGAUGGCCAUGUGUCCUGGGAUGAAUAUAAAAUUAAAUUUUUGGCAAGUAAGGGCUUUAAUGAAAAAGAGAUUGCAGAGAAGAUCAGAAACAAUGAAGAGUUGAAAAUAGAUGAAGAAACACAGGAAGUUUUAGAUAACCUGAAGGAUCGGUGGUACCAAGCUGACAACCCACCUCCUGAUCUGUUGUUGAAUGAAGAAGAAUUCUUGUCUUUUCUUCAUCCAGAGCAUAGUAGAGGAAUGCUGAAGUUCAUGGUGAAAGAAAUCAUCCGAGAUUUGGAUCAAGAUGGAGAUAAGAAACUUACCCUUUCAGAGUUCAUUUCAUUACCUGUUGGUACUGUGGAGAACCAGCAAGCUCAAGAUAUUGAUGAUGACUGGGUAAAAGACAGAAGGAAGGAAUUUGAGGAGGUCAUUGAUGCUAACCAUGAUGGUAUUGUCACAAUGGAAGAGCUUGAGGAAUACAUGGAUCCUAUGAAUGAAUACAAUGCCCUAAAUGAAGCGAAGCAAAUGAUAGCAGUAGCAGAUGAAAAUCAAAACCAUCACUUAGAGCUGGAGGAGAUCCUGAAAUAUAGUGAAUACUUCACAGGCAGCAAGCUUAUGGACUAUGCACGUAACGUCCAUGAGGAGUUCUGAUCCUGCUCGCUUUUCCAGAGCUCUGAAGCACUUUCUUGCUUUCAAAAAGAAAAAAGAAAAAAAGGAAAAAGAAGUCCAACCCACAAACAGACAAAAAGUUACUUUGCUGCUAUCUGUGUUACAUGCCUACAGUGUGUUGUCCUAGACUUAAAACCUUCCGUCCACACAUAAGAUCUACAGCUCUGUUGCCUUCGGUAUGAGGGAAAAAUAAUGGGGCAGGUAUUGGACUGCAUCUGUUUGCCCUGGUUUGUACGGUUAAUCCAGCUGAAGUUUCAGCUGCUUUUGGCUAAUCAUAUUUGGUGGAGGCUUCUUAAAUAUUUAACUCUUCUUGCUGCCCUCAUAGCUGCUGAUCCAUGGAAAUCACAAAUAACACUGAAAGAUGUUGGCUUUUGUAUAGGGGAUUGUGGUUCAAAUACAUGUGUUCUGACCUCAUGAGAAUUUCCAUACAUAGACUGAUGGGCUAAUCUUCCAGUAUUUUUCUCAAUGCUUCUCAACCUACUUACAUAUUGUUGAGAAUUUAAUACAAGUUCUCCCUCCAUUGCUGACUACCUUUAGGAGCUGUGGGGAAGAACUUAUUUUAAAUGUUACAGAGAAACUUCUGCAUCUGCUUUAAAAAGAAUACUGGUUAUAGCGUGACAAGCUUUGCGUUUGCAACUGCACUGGUAAUGUGAGAGACUUAAGAUUGCUUAUGUUUUCAAAAAAUCAAAUUUCAUGGGGAAGGCUUCUUUGUGGACUUAAAGAUUUUGGACAGAGCAAUGGGAUUCACCUAGGUGUGUGAUUACUGCUUAACUAAAACUCAUUGUUAAAACUAGUGUCAUUACUUGCCUCUGCAACUUAAUGAUGCCGAUGAACUCAUGAAUGGUGAAGCUAGGGGAAAUACAGGCUUUGCUUGAACUGCUUUUGCCAGAGCAACAUGCAGUCAGCGCGUGAGAAGCUUUUUAAUCAGUCUGGUUUUGGGUAAUCUCUGAAAGUGUCUUGCAACACAAGGGUCAUAUCCACUACUGUCUAAAAUAGAAAAUUUAUUUUUACUCUGGUUCCAUCUUUACAGUAAAAACCCCUCUUUCUGAAGGGUUGCCUGAAAAUCCAAGUGAGAUGUUAUAUUUGAUUAAAUUUAUUCUCUUAAUAUAAUGUAAAUAUAAGUAUUGCUGUCUGUUUCUGUCUCAGUAUUCCCUUUCUCUUCUUUUUUUUUUUUGUUUUUGUUAAAUGGCUUGUAUCAGAGUCUUUUUAUAUACAUAUAUCUUUUCUCAUUAAAUAUUUUUCUCCAUGCUUUGGAAAUGUUGCUGUUCUUAGGUUUGUCAGUAAGUGGGAAAAAUUGAAAUUCUUCAGAGGACAGACAAAUUAAAAUAUGAUUUUGAAAGAACGGUAAGAGAGGGAUAAAUCCAGUUGAUAAUCUCGUGUUAAAAUGAGUUUAGAACGUCUGCCACUUUAGUCAGCCUCCACUCCCUUCCACCUCUGUGCCAAUGCCCCACAUGCACAUGGUUGCAGAGUGGUGAGAUUUUAAUAUGGCUAGAAUCUGGAGAUGUUCAAAACAAAAUUCCAUGUCUGUAAAAAUGGGGUGCUUAGCAGAAGUCAUAGGUAUGGCUGGUUUAGAUUGAUUGGCAAAAGGUCUAGGUUUUGCUUUGCUGUUGUUUUAACUAAGGCUUCAUAAAUAUGCAAUGACCUGCACUUUGAACUAACACAAAAUUAUACAUGUAAACAUACAGUUUUGCAAUGUGGUUGUUCGCAAUCUAGUUAAGACAAAAGUUUUAGCAAUAUUAGUUGAUAAUUGUGUAAAUAUCCAGCCUGCUUUUUUGUAUUAUGCUCUAGUUGUUUGCGCAAUUCAAUUAUUUAGAUACAAUUUGAGUGGACAAGUUCUAUCUUGUCACACCUGAUGCUAAGAAGGCAAGUGCUAGUUUGCAGAGGAAUUCUUGAGCAGCUGAAAUACGAUGAUGUAAUUUGGAACUUUGUCUGUCAGUAGAGGCAAAAAUUAUGCAUAUGCAGUCUUAGUUUAAUCUUCUGAUAAUGUGAGCAUGGAAUCCCUUGAAAAAUACAAGGUAACACAGUAUUUAGCUAGCAACUGCAAAAAUGUUAAAAUAUGUACUGUUGUUGUGGUAUUUGCCACAUACCUGAUGAAUCUGAAACUUGAGAAACAACU